CCCCUUCCCUCUGAAAUUGAUACGCCCCUCCUUUUAUUCGCAUACUUCGAUUUAGGGCACUUUCUAGAAAUUAACUUCCAAUUCUUCUAAGAUUCUAACUUCGAAGACGUUAGAGAAAGAACAUCAGUCAUACACAUUGUCUGCUUUAAUCUUGUUGAUUUUUGGGGUUUGUAAAGGUGAGUUUUAGUUAGGGUUUUGGAAAAUUAGAUAUGAAUGUUGAAGGCGAUGAUGAUAUGAAAAUGGAGAUGAAGGUUGACGAGAAGUCAGUGUAUAUGUGGGGGUAUUUACCUGGAGCGUUACCUCAACGGUCACCGAUAUUGUCGCCGGUGGAAGUUAGACUCCCGCAGUCAAUUGACGCUGGUCAACUCUGGUCGGAUGUCUGUGGCGGCGGUUGUGGAUUUGCUAUGGCCAUUUCAGACACAGGGAAGCUGAUUACAUGGGGUUCAACAGAUGAUCUUGGUCAGAGCUACGUGACAUCAGGGAAACAUGGGGAAACACCAGAACCUUUCCCUCUUCCAAAAGAAAUUUCAAUAACAAGAGCUGCAGCAGGUUGGGCACAUUGUGUCUGUGUAACAGGUGCAGGAGAGGUUUAUACAUGGGGAUGGAAAGAGUGUGUACCUUCUGGCAAAGUUGUUGGAGACCCAAACAGUAGUCAAAGCCAAGAGAAAGACAUAUUUGAGAGACAGAAUCCGUUCUUGACAGAACAAGGUACUAUACUGAGCCCACGCUCCGGGGGAUCAAGAUCCAGUGGUGUAGAUGGUAAAGCAGUUGGAGAUGAAAGUACAAAAAGAAGACGUGUAUCAUCAAACAAACAAGCAGUUGAAAGUUCAUCUUCUGGUGAUGAACCUCUCUCAGCUUUGCCCUGUUUGGUAGCAUUGAGUCCAGGAGUAAGGAUAGCAACAGUUGCAGCUGGUGGGCGACACACAUUGGUAUUAUCAGUUUCAGAUACAGGACAGGUGUGGGGUUGGGGGUAUGGAGGUGAGGGGCAGCUAGGUUUGGGGUCCCGCAUAAGAAUGGUGUCUUCUCCACAUCCUAUACCUUGCAUUGCUUCAUCUUCAGUAGGAAAAGAUAGAAGAGAAGGACAGGGGUAUAGAGCACCUGGAAGUUAUAUUAAAGGGAUUGCUUGUGGAGGAAGACACAGUGCUGUAGUCACAGAUGCUGGAGCAUUAAUGACUUUUGGUUGGGGACUAUAUGGACAGUGUGGGCAAGGAAGCACAGAUGAUGAACUGACCCCUUCAUGCGUAUCAUCAUUACUUGGUAUCUCAAUAGAUUCAGUGGCUGCAGGCCUCUGGCACACAAUCUGCAUCUCAUCAGAUGGUGAUGUCUACGCUUUUGGCGGGAACCAAUUCGGCCAGUUGGGUACAGGAACUGAUCAAGCUGAGACAUUGCCACGUCUUUUGGAUGCUCCAAGUCUUGAAAACGAACAGGCAAGAGUCGUAUCUUGUGGGGCUCGUCACAGUGCUGUUGUUACAGAUGGGAAGGUGUUCUGUUGGGGAUGGAAUAAGUAUGGGCAGCUUGGAGUUGGUGAUGUAAUCGACCGGAAUAUUCCAUCUGAAGUUAGUCUACAAGAAGGGUGUGUGCCCAGGGUGGUUGCGUGUGGCUGGUGGCACACACUUUUGCAAGCUCAAUCCAUGACUUGAUGGGCUUUGAUUUAUGUGUUCAAACUUUAAAGAAGGUGGAAAGUGGAAACAGUUUUGUUAGGUGGUUAGUUGGUGUUUUAUUGGAAAGAAAGAGGAGGGAGUGUACAUGUAUAUGCUGCUACUCUGCAUAUAUCAGCAUAUGUACAUAUACAUACAAUACAAUAGUCUGUUGUCUGUUGUUUGCAUCACGAUUGUCGUCAAUCGCCAAUUGCCAUCAUCAUUCUUUAGACUUUAGAGAGAGGAGAGGGUUUGAGGGUUUCUUGAUUGAUUCUUGCG